GGAAUGUGUGAUAAAACCCCACGGAUGUCGCUUAAAGGUUUUAUUACGUUUCAGCUUUUCUUGUCCCUUCAUACCCCUUAAAAAAGAGACAUUACAUUUAUUUUUUUUUAGAAAUAAAGUUGAUACAUGUAUUUUGGAUCCGCGCAUGCGGACACCGCAUCUGAAAGCUAACAGCGCCUCGGAAGAUGUUGCUAAGUUAACACCAAAGCUCCCCCGGCCACAGACACAGAUGGCGUUUUCCAAAACAUACCGCCGCUUGGAUUAGUUAUUUAGCCAAUAAUCUCGAUAUUGUAGUCUACCUGGCGGAGAGCUCGCCACAUGUGACGACGAGCUAAGCCUAUGGCUCACUGGAGCACCUUCGAGAUGGAAACGGAGAGGGAGACGAAGGAGCUGAUUAGGUGGAUGAGCGGACUGGAUGACGAGGAGGAACACAACUUCCAGCUGGCACUCAAAUUCGCAUGGUCCAAUUUCAGGUUCCAUCAUUUCCUGGAUGUGGACAGCCACAAAGUGCAGCGUAGCAUCAGUGGAAUCUACGAAAAGCUCAUGGUCCACUCGGAAAUGAGUAAGGCCGAAAGCUGGAUGAGGCUGACUGAUGAGUUCCUCAACUCGCCCCUAGCUAAUACCAAUGGAACAAAGACUGACGUACACUACAGCAUACUGUCACUGCUACUGUUCUUAUCGGGCUCACCGUCCAACACAAACUUUACCGAGAGACCCCGGGUAAAGGAGGCUGAACCAGAGGACAACUUUGACUGGGCGAAAUAUCUACUGGAGGGUGAAGACAUAGACAAUGGGCCAUAUUCUGAUACUCCUGAGUGGUCCGAGGAGGAGAGCGAGGGCGAGGGCGGCCAUCAGCCACUCAGCAGGGAGGACUCCGGGAUCCAGUUGGACAAAACCCCGCAGGAGGACAAAGACCACGCCGGCAAGACGGUUUCGGUCCCGUGGACAGUGGGAGAACCCGAUGCCCGAGCCUGGCUUGAGCAACACGUGGUGACUCCGUACUGGGUGCCGCACGCCCCCCGAUUCACCCACAGCCUCCAUUUACACUCCAACCUGCUCAAUGUCUGGGAUCAGCACUUGUACAACACCGAUCCGCUGUAUCUGCCCGAAGAAAAAGCCUUCGUCACCGAGACCCAAGUCAUCCGGGAAACACUGUGGCUUCUCUCCGGGGUGAAAAAACACUUCAUAUUCCAGCAUCACGAUGGAAAAGUGUCAGUCAGGAAUAACGUGGUGGUCACUCAUCUCACCAGUAACUGCCUGCGCUCCGUACUGGAGCACGUAGCCGCGUACGGGCAGGCGGUGUUCCGGCUGCAGAGGUUCAUUGACGAGGUGACGGGUCACAGUCCGGACCUCGGCCCCGCCGGUUCCAAAAGGGGCUCCGAGCCUCCGUUCAGGACCUACCAGGCCUUUGUGUGGGCGCUCAACAAGUACUUCACCAGCUUCAAGGAGGAGCUGACCGCCAUCGAGAGAGUGCUCGUGUGCAAAGACGAGACCGUGACCCUGUCCGCCGUGCUUGAGCGUCUCAACCCGCACCUCACGCAGAUCAAAGUGCUGCACAGGGUCUUUUGCACCGGCGUCGCUGAGGUGCCCGCCGAGACCCCCAACGUGGUGCGGGCCUCCCACCUGCUCAACACGCUCUACAAGGCUAUCAUCGAGUAUGACAGCGUCGGGGAAGCUUCCGAGCAAACAGUGGCCUUACUGUUUUCAUUGUGGACCGAGACCGUGCGACCAUAUUUGGAGAUAGUGGACGAAUGGAUCGUCCACGGCCACUUGUUCGACCCCGCCAAAGAGUUCAUCAUCCAAAGGAACAAGGACGUGGCGGUGAACCACAGGGACUUCUGGCACGCCACCUACACGCUUUACAGCAUCUCCGAGACGGUGGAGAGCGAGAUGAGCGACGCGGCCAGCGGCAGCUCCGGAGGGGACGGCGGCGGAGGAAACCGGCAGCUCACCAUGGUGUCCUUCCUCAAGCCUGUCCUCAAGCAGAUCAUCAUGGCCGGCAAGUCCAUGCAGCUCCUCAAGAACCUGGACCGCAAAGAAGACGCCCAGCAGCCGUCUGAGAGAUCCCCUAGAGAUGCAGAGCGUAAGAGUCUACACAGCCUGUUCCUGCAGUCGGUGCAGUCGCGUCUCCGCAGCCAGGACGCGUCUCCCUCCGGCGUCGCGACGGAGCAGCAGGCCACCGGGAGGAGCCUGAUCCGGAUGCAGUCGGUCAUCGCGCAGCAUCUGGAGAUCGACGAUCUCCACGACCCGCUGCUGGCCAUCAACUUCGCCAGGCUGUACUUGGAGCAGAGCGACUUCCACGAGUGCUUCUCUCGGGACGACUUCACCGUGGACCGCUCGUCACAGUCGGUCACCUGCCAGACGUUCGAGCUCACGCUGCGCUCCUGCCUCUACCCGCACAUCCAGCGGCGCUACGUCGAGUGCUGCGGGAACCUCAUGAGGACCUUGAAAAAAGACUACAAGUUGAUAGAGUAUCUGCAGGCCAUGAGGAAUUACUUCCUGCUGGAGGCCGGCGACACCAUGUACGACUUCUACACAGCCAUCUUUGACAAGGUGCGCGAGAAGGAGAGCUGGCAGCAGCCGUCCUUCCUCAACGGCCAGCUGCAGGAAGCUGUCGGACAGCGCCGCCCGGAGGACAGUAGCAGAUUGUCGAUCUUCUUGGAGACAAUUGACCCCGGCCGCAAGAAACACCCCGUCAAUAAUCUGGAAGUACUGACCCUCAGUUACAAGGUUCCGUGGCCUGUAGACAUUGUCAUCAGCUCCGAGUGCCAAAAAAUUUACAAUCAAGUGUUUCUGCUGUUGCUUCAAAUCAAAUGGGCCAAGUACAGCUUGGACACACUUCGAUUCAGCGAGUUUGCAGAUUUCACAGAGAAACUGGAGGGGGCGCCGGCUGACGAUGCCAAGCAGAAGGAACGACCGGUCAAGCAGCAGAUUCACCGCAUGUGUCUGCUGCGUGUCAAACUCAUGCACUUUGUCAACAGCCUUCACAACUACAUCAUGACCAGGAUACUGCACAGCACCGGACUGGAGUUCCAGCAUCAAGUGCAGGAAGCAAAGGACCUGGACCAGCUGAUCAAGAUCCAUUACCGAUACCUAGCGACCAUUCAUGACCGCUGUUUAUUGAGGGAGAAGGUCAGUUUUGUGAAGGAAGCCAUCAUGAAGGUGCUCAACCUGGUCCUCAUUUUCUCGGACCGAUGGCAAGCUGGAUUUGGAGCCUGGAAGGUUGAGUCCAUUGCCAAAAUGGAGUCGGAUUUCAAAAACUGUCACAUGUUCCUGGUGACCAUCCUCAACAAGGCUGUGUGUCGCGGCUCCUUCCCUCAUUUGGAGUCGCUCGCCCUCUCGUUGAUGGCGGGCUUCGAGCAGUGCUGACAGGGGAGCCGCAGUCCAACAAUGUGCUUUAUGAGCACUAUACGUCAUGUGACUGUACAUAUUGAAGCAAGACUUGUUUGUAAAUGUCUUACUACCAGCUGUCAAUGUGACUGUUAAUAAUGUGUGUUUGUUCUAUGAAGCACAAUAAA